AGCUUCAGCUUCUGUUUUUAGUGUGUACCCAGUGCUGGUUACGGUUGUGUUGUGCGUGUGUUUUUCCGUUUUUUAUAAAUGGAAAACUUGAAAAGGAUUAUGUAGGAAGCUGUGAAAAUUUUGGAUGAAUAGUUUAAUUUGAAAAUUGGUGCUUAUGGUGAUAUGUAGAUCUGUAUGUCGUCGUCGUCGCGGUCGUCGCCGUCGCCGUUCAGUUACCAGCAAAAUGUUGAUUUAAACUUGAGUCGAUUUCCAUUACCCAUUUUUGUGAUGAAUUCUUCGUAAGUAAAUUUGUAUUUCGAAUCGUAAUUCGUCGUCGAAAGUUUCGUUGCAGUUUUAUUUCGUAAUAAUGCGGUCUGUAAUUGUUCGAUUUUUUACGUAUUGUGGUAUAACGUUGAUUUAAAAUUCGCGUCGCUAUGCCGGUCAAUGAUGAUGCUGAAUUAAUCAAUAUCGCAGUGCUAUAAUUGCGCGGGGAUCGAUAUUUCUUCCAGCUACACCGUUAUUCCUGGACUAGCGGUGGUGAAGAUUUGCGACUUUGUCGUCGGACGGUUUGCACUCCCAAGUCUUCCACUAUACACAAACACACAAUAGUUUUAAUUAAGGCGACGACUCGUCGUUUGUCGCGCAGAAACAGAAGAGAUAAAUUAGUGAAUAAUUAAAAUGAGGCGACAAACGGCGAUAUGGCUGUUUGGCGUGACACUGGUGACGUUAAUACGGGCGAAUUUCUGCAGCCGUUAUAAAGAGUACAGCGAUAACCGUCAUAUUGGUAUCGUACCUCAUGACGUGCAUCCAGGAUACAUCAUUCAACAAUUUCAAGAGCAAAAUCCGCAACAUUAUAAUGUAUAUAGGUUAUUAAAAAACGACUAUUCGUCGUAUUUUUCGGUGCUAAAUAAUGGCCAAGUUAUGACGGUGGCCAAACUCAACCCAUUAGUGAAUAAACAAAUAAAACUAAUCGUGAUCGAAGAGAUACCCAAUGGCAAUAUAACGCAUAUACUAAAGCUGCACGUGCUAAAUCGCUCCAAAAUGCUGAGGUUUAGUCAGCCGACCUACGAAGGUGGUAAAAUUUUAGAAAAUCAGCCUCCUUUCACCAGGGUCAGCGAUUUGCCCAGCAUAUACGUCAUAGGAGAAGGACUACACGCCAAUCCUGACACCUUUCCUAUGCUGAAACAUCGAAUCAUCGAAGGCAACGAAGACGAAAGCUUUGUAAUGAAACACGUCAAAACGGAAAUCAAUCAGAACGGAUCGUACGUGAAUUAUUUUAAAAUUUUAGCCAAAAAAUCGCUAGAUCGCGAAGAAAGAAACCAGUACAUUUUACAUAUUCAAGUUACCGACGCCAAAGGUAUCGAUAAAGUUAGCGCCAAAGUUUACAUCGAUGUGCUCGACGAGAACGAUAACAGCCCCGUGUUCAAGCUUCCGAUUUAUGAAUUUUAUGUCGGAAAUUUUCAAAGAUGGCUGCACAGUCAAAAUAACACAUUCGGCGUAAAAGAGUUUCCGGUGCUGGGAUACGUUAGCGCAUCGGAUGCAGAUGACGGAGACAGUAUCGUAUACCAGUUGGCGACACCUACGGAUGUGAUAAUUGUCGUACCUCAAACAGGCGAGGUGGUUUUGACCGGCAAUCCGUUAAAUAUGACCGCUGGAUCGAAAAUGGAAUUCGUUGUCGAAGCGCACGAUCUAAGGUCGCCGAUACGCGUAUCGCAACAACCGGCUCAAAUAUGGCUGAAUAUAUUUCGUCAACCUACGAGCGAAGAGAUUUACGGCCAAUAUCUGGAAAAGUUCACCAACGAGUUGUAUUACAACGAACCUUAUCAUUUUUUGAGACGCCAUUGCAUUACGAAAAAAUGGCACAUGACCGAAAACGCGGUGCUGGAAAACCACGCGAGCGGUAGAAGAUCGAAGAAAAGUGUCGGUAGCGAACAGCCGGAUAAUGUUUUCAAUCCCGAAGACACAAUUCAUAGGAUUAUGAAACGAAGAGUGACCAGAGCGGUCAGACCGACUAAACGUAUCGAUUUAUCCGAAACAGACGGCGAAAGCGAAGGCAGAGUCGUGUUUCAAGUCGAAAAAGAAGCCGAACGGGAGACGUUCAAAAUGCGCGAAGAAAAUCCGUGGAUUAGCGUCGAACCGAGCGGUGCCGUUAGAGUUAAAAAGAAAUGGGAUUACGAAGAACUGGGUCCGGAAAAAGUUAUCGAUUUUUGGGUUGUCAUCACAAAUCCCGGUAUUGGAGGUAAAAACAGCUUGGAAUCGGGCAAUGUGACGUUAACGAAAAGUGGACACGAUGCUCAUACCGAUAACCAGAGAAUCAUCAUCGCGUUGAAAGACGUCAACGACGAGCCACCAUAUUUCAUCAAUAGACCAUUACCGAUGCAGGCUGUGGUUCAGUUGAACGCCCCGCCAAAUACACCUGUUUUCACAUUACAAGCCAGAGAUCCCGAUACGGACGCGAAUAUUCAUUAUUUCAUCGUCAGAGACAGAACCGGUGGAAGAUUCGAGGUUGACGAAAGGUCCGGUGUUGUACGCACCAGAGGUACGGACCCGUUUCAACUCGACAUGGAAUACGUUCUGUAUGUAAAAGCGGAAGACCAAAAUGGGCGUAUUGACGAUCGUAGAUAUCAGUCGACUCCGGAAGAACGACUAUCAAUUGUGGGUGGCAAACGUGCGCCUCAAUUUUAUAUGCAAACCUACGAAGCCGAAAUACCUGAAAAUCAACGUAAAGAUUCAGAUAUCAUAUCCGUCAAAGCUAAAUCGUUCGCUGAUCGAGAAAUCAGGUACACGUUGAAAGCCCAAGGACAGGGUGCGGGCACGUUCAACAUUGGACCAUCUUCCGGUAUCGUUAAAUUAGCCAAGGAACUAGAUUUCGAAGAUUUAAGACAGCCGCAUGUGUAUUCGUUGAUCGUUACGGCCACCGAAGAUUCGGGAGGAUUUUCAACGUCCGUCGAGCUGACCAUUCGUGUAACCGAUGUGAAUGAUAACGCACCGAAAUUCGAACUUCCUGAUUACCAAGCACAUAACGUCGAUGAAGAUUACCCACUUGGAACGUCGAUCUUGAAAGUAAAAGCGGUGGAUGCGGAUUCCGGUGCGAAUGCAGAAAUCGAAUAUCAUGUUUCCGAUGACCAUUUUGUUGUCGAUUCAUCCGGCAUUGUGAGCAACAACAAACAAUUAGACGCCGAUAAUAACAAUGCGUAUUACGAGUUCGUUAUUACCGCCAAAGACAAAGGUGAACCGCCCCAAACUGGUACAGCUACGGUCAGAAUUUAUACGAAAAACAAGAACGACGAAGAACCGAAAUUUUCCCAACAAGUGUACACGCCGAACGUGGACGAAAACGCAGGCCCUAAUACUCUAGUUACAACGGUAGUAGCUUCCGAUAAAGACGGAGAUAAUGUCAAAUUUGGAUUCGUCGGAGGUGGUACAUCUUCGGGGCAGUUUGUCAUCGAAGAGAUUACCGGUGUGAUUCGUUUACACUCGAAACCCAUCACUUUGGAUCGCGAUAAAUACGAAUUAAACGUUACCGCCGUCGAUGACGGAUCGUGUUGUUUGAACGGAGAUCUUACCAUACACACGAGCACCGCUGUUGUCGUCGUAUUUAUUACAGAUGUCAACGAUAAUAAACCCGUGUUCAAGGAUUGCGCUAAAUAUAACCCGAAAAUUUCCGAAGGAACGGCUAACGGACACGAAGUGAUCAAGGUUCAAGCUACUGAUGAAGAUAAAGGAGUCAAUGGUCAGGUCAAGUAUUCCAUUGUUCAACAGCCCAACCAAAAAGGAACGAAAUUCAUCGUCGACGAAGAGAGUGGUCAGAUUACUUCGAAUAAGGUAUUCGAUCGCGAAGGCGACGACGGAAAGUUCGUCUCGGUCACCGUGAAAGCUGUCGAUCAAGGUGAUCCCUCGUUGGAAGGUGUUUGUUCAUUUACAGUCGAGAUUACAGAUAUAAACGAUAAUCCUCCGUUAUUCGAUCGUCAAAAAUACGUUGAAAAUGUCAAACAAGACGCCAGCAUCGGUACAAACAUUUUAAGAGUAUCGGCAUCAGACGAAGAUGCCGAUAACAAUGGAGCCAUUGUUUAUAGCCUUAGUGCUCCAGAAAGUCCCCAGGAUCUGGAGUAUUUCGAAAUACAACCCGAAUCUGGUUGGAUUGUUUUACGAAAACCGUUGGAUCGAGACAAGUACAGACUGCGUGCUCGAGCGUCCGAUCGAGGCGAUCCGCCGUCAUACGCUGAAGUAGAUGUGGCUUUGGAAGUGGUAGACAGAAACAAUAAACCGCCUAUAUGGGAUUUCAGCAUAUACGGCCCCACUCGCAUUAAAGAAAAUGUCACUGUUGGUACGGUUGUAACAUCAGUAAAAGCAAGCUCCGGUAUUGAAGGGAAUCCGUUUGUGUUUUAUCGAUUGAUGCCUGGUUCUACUGCCCAAACCAAUAAGUAUCAUACGUUUUACCUGCAGCAACGUCCGGAGAAUGGGUUCACUUGGGCUGAUAUAAAAGUUAAUCAUCCACUUGAUUAUGAGACGAUCAAAGAGUAUAAUUUGACUAUUCGUGUCGAGAAUAAUGGAGCUCAGCAAUUGGCUUCUGAAGCUACAGUGUAUAUUAUGAUAGAAGAUGUAAACGAUGAAAUACCUUUGUUUACCGAACGUGAACAAGAAACUGUACUGGAAGGUGAACCAAUUGGCACUAAAGUUACUCAAGUCAAUGCUAUUGAUAAAGAUGGAACGUUCCCCAAUAAUCAAGUUUACUAUUAUGUCGUUGAUUCGCCGAGAAACGAGGGCAAAGACUUUUUCGAAAUAAAUAUGCAGACUGGAGAGAUCUUCACAAAAACCGUAUUCGAUAGAGAGAAGCAGGGAGCUUAUGCGUUGGAAAUCGAAGCUAGAGAUGGUGCACCCUCAGCUCGACCUAACAGCCAUGAAGUUCCUAAUUCCGUAACGAAAUUCAUUCGUAUUGGUAUCGCUGAUAAAAACGAUAAUCCGCCGUAUUUCGAUAAAGCCUUGUACGAAGCUGAAGUCGACGAAAAUGAAGAUAUUCAGCAUACGGUACUUACUGUCACUGCGAAGGAUCACGACGAAUCGUCUCGUAUUCGUUAUGAAAUCACUAGUGGUAACUUGGGAGGUGCUUUCGCUGUGAAGAAUAUGACCGGAGCUAUUUAUGUGGCUGGACCUUUGGAUUAUGAGACAAGGAAACGAUACGAAUUACGUUUAUCGGCCUCGGAUAAUUUGAGAGAAAAUCACACUACGGUCGUUAUACACGUGAAAGACGUUAACGAUAAUCCUCCGGUAUUCGAAAGACCUACGUAUCGAACUCAAAUCACAGAAGAGGACGAUCGUAAUUUACCAAAAUCCGUCGUCCAGGUAAAAGCAACCGAUGGCGAUAAAGAUCGACCUCCUAACAUCGUUUAUUUCCUUACUGGUCAAGGUAUCGAUCCGGAUAAUCCGGCUAAUAGUAAAUUUGACAUUAAUAGAACAUCUGGAGAAAUCUACGUUCUCAAGCCUCUGGAUCGUGAUCAACCUAACGGACGACCUCAGUGGAGAUUUACUGUAUUUGCUCAAGACGAAGGUGGCGAAGGUUUAGUAGGUUAUGCUGAUGUCCAAGUCAAUUUGAAAGAUGUCAACGAUAACGCCCCGUUGUUCCCUCAAGGAGUCUAUUUUGGAAAUGUUACCGAAAAUGGAACCGCCGGUAUGGUUGUGAUGACGAUGACUGCUGUUGAUUAUGACGACCCAUCGGAAGCUUCAAACGCCAAACUGAUCUAUUCUAUUGAAAAGAACGUCAUAGAGGAGGAGACAGGAUCACCGAUUUUCGAAAUAGAACCAGAUACCGGUGUGAUUAAAACUGCUGUGUGUUGUUUGGAUCGCGAAAGAACGCCAGAUUAUUCGAUACAAGUGGUGGCCAUGGAUGGUGGAGGGUUGAAAGGUACUGGGACGGCUUCUAUACGUGUCAAAGACAUAAACGAUAUGCCUCCGCAAUUCACUAAAGAUGAGUGGUUUACGGAGGUAGAUGAAACUGAAGGUACUGAUUUACCAGAAUCGCCCAUUUUGACCGUCACCGUACACGAUGAAGACGAAACGAAUAAAUUCCAAUAUAAAGUAAUCGAAAACAGCGGCUAUGGAGCAGAUAAAUUCACAAUGGUACGAAAUAAUGACGGCACAGGAUCUCUGAAAAUAGUCCAACCUUUAGAUUAUGAAGAUCAGCUUCAAAGUAACGGAUUCCGAUUCAGAAUUCAAGUCAACGAUAAGGGCGAAGAUAACGAUAACGAUAAAUACCACGUGGCUUAUUCUUGGGUGGUGGUAAAACUACGAGAUAUCAACGAUAAUAAACCGCAAUUCGAAAGACCCAAUAUCGAAGUAUCUGUUUAUGAAAACGAAGAAAUAGGUAAAAGCUUAGAAACGUUCAAAGCCACUGAUCCAGAUCAGGGUGGCAAAAGUAAGAUAUCUUUUGCCAUCGACCGAUCUUCCGAUAGGAGAAGACAAUUUUUGAUCAAUCCAGAAGGCACCGUUACCAUUCAGAGACAUCUUGAUCGCGAAGAUACGCCCAGACAUCAAGUGAAAAUUCUGGCCAUAGAUGAUGGCGUACCGGCAAAAACAGCUACAGCUACACUGACUGUGAUUGUUCAAGAUAUAAAUGACAAUGCGCCAAAGUUCUUGAGAGAUUAUAGACCAAUUUUACCAGAACACGUGCCUCCUAGAAAAGUAGUAGAAGUUUUAGCCACCGAUGACGAUGAUCGAUCGAAAAGCAACGGACCUCCGUUCACUUUUAGAUUGGAUCCGAAUGCUGAUGAUGUUAUUAGAGCGUCGUUCAAAGUUGAACAUGAUCAGAAGGGUGCCAACGGAGAUGGAAUGGCGGUGAUAUCUUCGCUAAGGUCAUUUGAUAGAGAACAGCAAAAAGAAUAUUUGAUUCCUAUCGUUAUUAAAGAUGCUGGUAAUCCGGCUAUGUCUGGUACAAGUACUUUGACUGUGAUUAUAGGAGAUGUAAACGAUAAUAAAAUGCAACCUGGAUCGAAAGAGAUACUGGUUUAUAACUAUAUCAUGAAAAACGUGGAUUAUUCUGUUCCGGGUCCUCCACCGGAUGUUGAAAUAGGACGAAUCUACGUGCACGACUUGGAUGAUUGGGAUCUGGGUGACAAAACGUUCCACUGGGAUGGAUACGAACACCCAUACUUCAAAUUGGCCGAAAACACCGGAAUGAUAAGCAUGAGACCGGAUACUCGAAACGGAAUUUAUCAUUUGAAAUUUAAAGCGUUCGAUCGAAAGCACACUCAGUCCGAUAUAGCAGCCAAUGUAACCGUAACUGUUCGAGAUAUCUCGCAAGAGGCUAUUUUGAAAUCAGGAUCUGUUCGAAUUGACGGAAUCACUGAUGAAGAUUUUAUUCGAGUGUGGAAUUACAGAACUCAGAGCAUCUCUAGAAGCAAAGCUGACCAUUUCCGCGAUAAAUUGGCCAAUAUUUUGGAUACAAAUCGAAACAAUAUUGACGUGUUUAGCGUUCAGCUGAGACGUAGAUAUCCUCCAAUUACCGAUGUCAGGUUCUCUGUUCAUUCAUCGCCAUAUCAAGAUCCAGUGAAAUUGAACGGACGUGUUUUAAUGUACAGAGAAGAAAUUGAACGUGAAGUUGGUAUCAAUAUCACAAUGGUUGGAAUUGACGAAUGUUUGUAUGAAAAUACCAUCUGUGAAGGAAGUUGCACCAAUGUACUGGAUGUCAGCAACAUGCCUUAUCUAGUCAAUGCCAAUAAAACUGCCUUGGUUGGUGUUCGAGUCGAUGUAGUCGGCGAAUGCAUUUGUGGUGCUAGAAACUACACUGAUGUAGAAGUCUGCACUCCAUUCCAUUGUUUGAAUGGCGGCCGUUGCAUUGAAAAUAAGGUUUCUGUUAGUUGUAAAUGCCCACCUGGAUUCAUGGGUCCUAGAUGUCAAGCUACUACCAGAAGUUUCAAAGGUAACGGAUGGGCUUGGUUACCUCCGUUGCAAGUCUGUGAAAAAUCGCAUCUCAGUAUUGAAUUUGCCACUCGUAAAGGGGAUGGUUUGUUGCUCUACAAUGGGCCAAUUGUUGCACCAGAACCAGAAGAAAUUCUUCUAUCUGAUUUCAUCUCAUUGGAACUGGAUCGUGGACAACCUCGUUUACUAAUUGAUUUUGGAUCUGGCACACUGGAACUGAAAGUAAAAACAAAGAAAUCUUUGGACGAUGGUGAUUGGCACAGAAUAGAUAUUUUCUGGGAUACUGAGAAUGUCAGACUGAUCGUUGAUCGUUGCAAGACUGCUGAAAUAAAUGAAUUAGAGGACGGAUCACCACCUGAAUUUGACGGAUCAAGUUGUCAAGCAGUCGGUACAAUUCCACCGUUCAACGAAUAUCUCAAUUUGAAUACACCUUUGCAAAUUGGAGGUCGCUACAUACAAGAUUUUGAUCCCACCCUGUUCCAUUGGCAAGCAAUGCCUUAUGCUAAAGGCUUUGACGGAUGUAUUAGAAAUAUUUAUCUGAAUGGAAAAUUGUAUGAUUUGGCUCAUCCUGGUUUGGCUGCCUCAAACAGUAAAGUAGGAUGUCCCCAAGCUGAAGAAUUAUGUAAUUCGCAAGAAAUGUACAGAUGCAAAGAUCAUGGUAUCUGUGUUGGUAAUUUAAAUGAACCAAAAUGUGAAUGCGCACCUGGUUGGUCCGGCAAUGGGUGUACUAUACCUACCACACCAGUCACAUUUAACGCUCAAAGUUAUGUCAAGUAUGCCCUCUCCUUCGAACCAGAUAAAUACUCGACUCAUUUACAACUUCGAUUCAGAACAAGAGAGAAAUCUGGCGAAUUGUUCCGUAUCAGUGAUCAACAUAAUCGCGAAUAUGCCAUUUUAGAAAUCCGAGAAAGAAAGGUUUGCUUCCGGUAUAAUUUGAAUAGUUUGAGAACUGAAGAAAAAGACGUUUGGCUCGAACAGGUUCCAAUUGACGAUGGUCAAUGGCAUACUGUCAAGGUUUCUCGAUAUGGAUCAUCAGCUUCUUUGCAGCUGGAUGAUGGCGAAGGUAGAAUGUUCAAUGAGACGUUUGCCUUUGAAGGACACCAGUAUCUGCUGGUUGAUAAACAAGAAGGAGUGUACGCUGGAGGCAAAGCCGAAUACACCGGAGUUAGAACUUAUGAUGUUUUAUCAGAUUACCAAAAAGGUUGUAUGGACGAUAUUCGUUUGGAAGGUAAACCAUUACCCCUUCCUCCUGCCAUGAAUGGAACUCAGUGGGGUCAAGCUACCACAGCUCGUAACGUUGAACGCAAAUGUCUUUCUCGUACCAAUUGUAAACUAGUGGAUUGCAAGCAUCCAUUGGUCUGUGUCGAUAAUUGGAACGAAGCAGUAUGCGCUUGCGGGCCCGGCAAAAUCUCCGCAGGAGAUAAAAGAUGCGUAGACAAGAACGAAUGCUUAGAGAAACCGUGCUUAAAUAACGGUAUCUGCGAAAAUCUGGGCCCCGAGUCGCCUUACGGAUAUCGUUGUAUAUGCGCCGAAGGUUACUUGGGCCAUAAUUGCGAAUUACAUCAGCAAGAACAAAGUAUACAACUGGGGUUAGGCGCUUUAGCGGCCAUAUUAGUAUGCGUACUAUUGAUAAGUGUUCUAGUAUUAAUAUUCGUGGUAUUCUCGCGUCGUCAAGAAUCGCACAUAAAAUACGCUGGACCGGACGACGACGUUAGGGAAAACAUAAUCAACUAUGACGACGAAGGUGGUGGAGAAGAUGACAUGACAGCUUACGAUAUAACCCCUUUGCAAAUUCCUGUCGCCGGUGGACCCUUAGCAACCGAACAUCAUGCUAAUCGUAAAAUGGGUAUGGGUAUGGCUGCUGGUCUCUCUGGAUUAGCCGGCGUCGAACCGAAUGUCGGUAUAUUCAUAGAAGAACACAAGAAACGAGCUGACGGUGAUCUAAAUGCUCCUCCAUACGACGAUUUACGUAAUUACGCUUACGAAGGUGCAGGCAGCACAGCCGGAUCAUUGUCUUCGUUAGCAUCUGGCACCGAUGACGAACAACACGAUUACGAUUACUUAAAUGUAUGGGGUCCGAGAUUCGAUAAAUUGGCCGAUAUGUACGGUCACGAUGCCGAAACGGAUCUCGAAGAAGAAGAGGAAGAAGAAGAUCUUCAAUAAACAGAUUGUUCCUGUAUUUAUAAAAUAAUUUAUCUAGUCAUCUUUUUUUAUUUAGUUUUAAAGGAUCUCAAGAAAAAAUGUUUAAAUUAACGUGUGUAAACUAAUUACUAUACGCCUUUAAAGGUGAAAUACACCAAAUAUUGCGAGUGCAUUUUCCAAAUGAAAAAAAAAAACAAAACGCUUUAACGUAGGUUACUUUUUUUAAUUUAAAAAAAAAGCGCAUUUACUAUUGUUAGGAUUUCAUUACGUAGCUGACCCGUUGUACGUGUUAAAGUAUUUUUAAAAAUUCAAUCGGCGAGAAAGUUGGAAUUUUUGGAAUAUUUUAAUGCCGAUUAACAAUAAAUCGUCAAUUAAGAUUUAGAUUUUUGUCAAUUAAUCCUAUCGUAUUAACGAUAAAACGUUUCAUUUCUCGUUUUAAACGUGGAAUAUAACUAGAUUUUGAAAUUUAAGUAUUAAAAAAAGUGAUAAAACCUAAUUUAUCACGUAUUUUGAUAAAUUUUAAAGAUCGAUUUAUUGGUUUUUGGCAUUUUAUUCCUAUAUUCAUCUGCCCACCUCUUCGUAGGAUAAUAAUUUGGUCCAAUAAAAUACGAUACAUCAUCACAAUAAAUUAAUGUUUAAGGUACCUAUUUGGACAGGCUUUUUACUAGAUUUUUAUUACUGUUUCGUAACGUAACGUUGUACUAUCCUUGUUAACGUGUAAUAAGGGUGACCGAAAUUCGCAUUUUUCAUCACUAGGUAUAAUAUUAUGUUUGUAUUAAUUUAUUGUUUUUCAAUUUUCGUGAUUUUUUUUUUAAUUCGAUCUCGCGACAUUUAAAAAAAAAUAAAAAAUUCGAUAGUGUUUCAAUCGAUACGAACGAAAUCUAGUCAAAUUGAGUCUAUUUUAAAACUACAUAUCUUUCGUUCGUAUCUUUUGUUUUAUUAUCGAUAGUCACUAGCUUGUUUUUAAUCGGAAAUUCCAAUUUUCGAACCAUCUACUCGCAACCUCGACGGAUAAUUUUUCAACGCAUUUAUUAUUUUAUAAAAAACUAAAGAUGCCAUAUUGAAAAAAAUGAAUCAAAUUUUAUACCUAUUAUCGCUUUCCCUUACAACGGGACCAAUAUUUCGUCCUAAAUAUUCGAAAAUUAAUGAAAUAUUGAACUAAUUCUCAGCUACAGUAAAAUUCAUCGAGUCAGGUUACUGAAAAGAUUUUUUAAAAUUGUUUUCACGCAUUUAAUUAAAUUUUGUUGUAAUACAACAUUAAACUAUUGUAAGCGUUUAGCGUUCGAGUCCUAUUUUAAUUUAUUAUAUGAUAAGUUUUAAUGUUUAUUAUUUAUAUUUUUUUUUCAAACUUGAGAAUCGAUUUUAGGAAUUUUGGUUACUGCCAUAUUGAUUAAAUCAUAUUACGUUCGUUUCGACGGUUUUUCUCUUUCGUUUCCUUUUUUUUUUUUUUAAUUUUUCAAUUAUUUGAUGCUUUUAGCGAAUUGCAUUUUAUUCAACGCACGAUUAGAAACAAAUUACUUAAUAGAACAAUAUUCGAUAUCGGUUUUUAUUUUAUUACUUUUCUAUGACCUUUUUAUCUCGUUUGCUAUUUUUGUUUUGAUUUUGUUUGUUGUUUUUUUUUAAUUUUUAUUUUGAUUCGACGAUAUAGUUUAUAGUUCACUUGUUUCCUAUAUUAGUAAUGCCAGCAGUACUUAUAUAUGUUUGCAGAUUGUUAAAAGAAAAAUGUUUAGAAUAAACUAAAAGACUGUGUAAUAUUAUUAUUAAUUCUAAGUUGUCGUAGUCCUUAAUUAUUAGUUAUCUUUUUAAAAAGAAAAAAAAGGAAAAGUAUUCUUUCGGUACUUACAGUGUACAUAUACGCUAAGUUGAUAUUGUUUAUUUUGCAUUUCUUUUAAUGAUGCUCAAAAUAUGAAUUUUUUUUAUUGCUGAUUAUAUUAUAAUAUGUAUUCUGUAUAUUUGUAAUAUUUUUAUAAUUCAAUCAAUUUUUUUUUUAUGUAAAUGCUGUUAUCAGUUUCUUAUGUAUUGGUUCUUUAUUUUGUAUAAUUUACGAUGUAUGAUUACGCAAUAAUGUUGUAGCACCUACCCUCUCUCUUCUCUCUGUAUUUUUUUUUGUACGACUAAAUACUCGUAUUAAUUUGUGUGAGUGUAUUUUUUUCUACUUUUUAUACGUAUAGCGGAGAUUACCCAGGUGUAUGCGUUUAGCUAAACAAAAACAUUUCCAAAACCAAAAAAAAAAAUCGCGAAUUCAUUCCACAAUGUAUGUAAAAUAAUAUGUUUUCUUGGUCUUUUUAAAUUUUAGCAAAUUUUAUAACGAUGAAAUGUGUUUUUGCGUAAAUGUUGUGCGCGGGUUCUUACACGUAUGAGUGAGUGAGUGUGUGUGUCAUGUGUGAUUGCGAUUGUACGAGUGAAUGAGAUUUAUUUUUUUAAAUCUGAUAAAUUGUUACUUUUGCACUAUUCUGUUUAUUCAUUAUUCACUAUUUUUUCGUUACUACGUAAUAGUAUAUUAAUCAAAUAACAAAAAAUAUGUAAAAAACCGACGUAACGGUUUUGAAUUUUAUUAAGUUAAUGUGAUUUGUAUUUGAAAAAUAAAGUCUCAGCGAUGAUAAUAAAAACAAGUAGAUUUUUCA